UUAGCACAUCUUUAUAUCAAGCCUUUAAUGAUUUGGUCAAAGCAAAUAAAAUAAUUUAUUAAAAUGUGGUGAUUAGGAUAAUGUAACAUCUAUUUUACUUGAAAGAUCGGUAUUAAAUGUCAAUGACUUUAAAAGUUUUAAGUAUCUUCUCCUUAAAUAUUAGAGAAAAGAUUGAGCAGAAUGACACUUAAGUCUUAGAUUUUGUGUAAAUGCCUACCUGAUGCAGAGUAAACCAUUUUCACCUAUGCUUUCAUCCUUUGUUAAGUUAGGAAAAAUAACAUUUUUCACAGGAAUUUACCAAGCUUUCCUUGAGAUGAAAUAGUAUUAUCAACACAGCAGGUACUCAAUAAAUAUUUUGGAAUGAGAGAAUAAAGAAUUGUAAGAUACCUAACAUUGUAUGAAUUUUUAAAAAUAUUAUUACCAGUUAGCUUGAAAAUAUAUGACAGCAGACAACUUAAAUUCAAAUUACUAGAAGAGAAUAAUAAUAUAUUUAUAUCAUAAUUUAUACUUCAAUAUGUAUUUACAUUCAUAUUCUUUUGUAUUUAGCAGUCAUUAAAACAUUACAUACAUGUAUAUAUACACACAUAUAUAUUUGAAUAUGCACACAUAUGUAUAUCUUCGUUUAAUACUUUGCCAGUGGUUGCUACCAAUGAGAACAAGCUCUUGGGUUCGAUAAUCAGUUAAUGUAUAAAAUGUACAUUGUAUGAGAAUAAUGUAAAUUUUUCGAAAAGCCAAUUAAAACAUUUAUGAUAUCUCCUUUCUUAUCCUUAAGCCAAACACAGCCUAUCUCUAAGGUAGUACAAAAGGAUAUCACACAAUUGGCUAGAGAAAAGACUAAUAUAAUUCUUCUUCUAAGAAAGCAUGAAUUUAAACACUGAAAAAAUGCAGGAAGUAUUACAAAAGAAUGAGAGAGUAGUGACUGAGUCUUUAGGAUUCAAUAAAGUGCACAUCACAAUGAAACUUCAUUAAACAUGGCUUAAAGUAAAGGACACACGGAGUAAGUAAUCGAGUAGAUGAACUGAAAUAUUACUGAGAUAUAAGAUGUCACACCUAGGUAGAGUUUAUUUACUUGUUUUCUAGAAACCCCUUAAUCCACCUAGUUUCCUUCUGACCACUAUUUCUUGCCACUUCGGUGAAUGGAGUUCAGAAUGCUGUAGAUUUCAGGUCUUACAAACGAAAACAAAAUUGCUCAAUUAGACUCUUGAGAAAGGCUUCAUUUGUCAUUGUGAAUUACUUUGGUCGUUGGCUACUCUUAAGGAGGAAAAAGGAAAGGGAAUGAGGGAUCAUGCUCUGUGAACAGGUCAGAUUAAACUAGCUAGAAGGGUUCAUAGUGUCAUAUAUAUUGUCAAAAAAAAAAGAAAAAGAGAAAAAGAAUCUUUGAUAGCCGAUAACUUAAUUAUCUGCCACUAUCAGUUUGGAAGGGCUUUUAAACAUGUCCAAAAUAUCUACCAAAUUUUCAACAGGAGUGACAGCAGAUUUUUAAGUAAGAAUAAAAAUGUAGCAGUCUUUCUAGAAUAAAACUCUGACAGACUAUGAUGAAUUACCUUAUUAUAGUUGCUCGCAUGACAAAUGUACUUGAUCACUGUUUCUUCCUGGGAAUAGUUGAGCUUAUCCAGAGGCAAAAGUUGAAAGGAAAUGAGAGCUAACUAGUAAACUUAAGUGUAAUACAUCAGCAUUUCUAUAAAAGUAUUCAAGAAAACCUUAUCAAUUACUGUUUAUGUCAACAGAAAGUGUUUCUUCUAUUCCCUCAUGAUAUAACCUUUUUUUUUUUGAGGAUUUAUUUAAGUGAUAUAGAUCCCUUUUUAAAAGAUUGUAAAAGAAAAAUUGUAAAAGAUUGUAAAAGAAAAAAAGAUUUUUAUUUUACAAGUUCUAUAAGGUAUCCAGCUUUAAAAAGAUCCUCAGAUAGGUUCCCACCCUAAGUUUUAGUUGAAAUGGUAGCCACACAUACUUACAUAUACUCCUAAAAUAAAGUUUUACUUAUUGAAAUAUUUUUAUAUGAAGAAAUGACAAUUCAGAAAAAUAGUGGAAUUAAGAAAACUCAGUGGAUGUUAAAAAUGUUUACUGAGUAAAAAAAUUCUCAACAAGUUUAUUUAAAGAAAUAGUUAUUUUGAUUUCUGAAUUUUUAUCAUUUCAUUUCUGGAUUUGCAUAAGCAUGCUUCUGUUGGAAAAUAUGCUCAGGAAGUCAAAUGCAUUGACAAAACAGUUAUAUUGAUUUUUAUUCCACUAUUUAAGGAUGAAUUGUAAAUAAGUCUCCUGGGUUUCAUAAUUUUAAAUAAUGCAUGUAUAAAGCUAAGGAUUUUGGUCAUUACUUAGAAAUUUAAUGGUAGGUUAGGUUGCAUUGUUUUGCAUUAUUUUUCUUUAUUUGAAUGUAACACAAUCUAGAUCAUGCUGGAUCAUUCUUUUAUUAUUUCUUUGAAGAAUUGUGUUUCCUGAGUAGGUUGAGUAUUUUAUAGACAACACAUUAAUAGUCAAAUACUUAUGAACUGUCAACACCAUAUUAUAUAUUUCUCUAUGUACCAAUUUGGAUAAUUGGAGUUAAUGAGACCAAACGAUCAAAACUAGUGUGAUGUGUUCAGAUAGUACAUGAUGUAGGAAGAUCCAGCUAUAAAACUAUCACUUCAAAGUGGUCAAUACAGAUGCUCAGUGAAGCUCAGUUUUUGAAAUAUUAUGUACCUAAGCAACACAAUGAAUGACUGUGCUGAGUGAAUUUUACAAACCUAUAGUCUUUUCUGCAUUUCAUUAAUUUUCUUAGAGUGCACUGUGUUGAGGCAGAAUGUAUUACGUGUGAAUAAGAAAUGUCCAGUAAUUUUCGAAGUGCAGAUUGUGAUCCAUUAGUGAAUUACCUUAACAGUUCAGAUGUUUAUGACAAAAAUCAAACAUAGAGAAUAGAAAAUAUUGUGUCCGGACUUGGUGGGUUCUUGGUCUUACUGACUUAAAGAAUGAAGCCGCUGACCCUCGCGGUGAGCGUUACAGUUCUUAAAGGCGGCGUGUCCGGAGUUUGUUCCUUCUGAUGUUCAGAUGUGUUCGGACUUUCUUCCUUCUGGUGGAUUCGUGGUCUUGCUGGCUCAGGAGUGAAGUUGCAGACCUUCGCGGUGAGUGUUAUAGCUCUUAAGGCGGCGCGUCUGGAGUUGUUCCUUCCUCCCGGUGGGCUCGUGGUCUCGCUGGCUUCAGGAGUGAAGCUGCAGACCUUCGCGGUGUUACAGCUCAUAAAGGCAGUGUGGACCCAAAGAGUGAGCAGUGGCAAGAUUUAUUGCAAAGAGCGAAAGAACAAAGCUUCCACGCUGCGGAAGGAGACCUGAGCGGGUUGUCACCGCUGGCUCGGGCAGCCUGCUUUUAUUCUCUUAUCUGGCCCCACCACAUCCUGCUGAUUGGUAGAGCCCAGUGGUCUGUUUUGACAGGGCGCUGAUUGGUGUGUUUACAAUCCCUGAGCUAGACACCAAGCUUCUCCAUGUCCCCACCAGACUCAGGAGCCCAGCUGGCUUCACCCAGUAGAUACCUCACCGGGGCUGCAGGUGGAGCUGCCUGCCAGUCCCGCGCUGUGCGCCCGCACUCCUCAGCCCUUGGGUGGUCGAUGGGACUGGGCUCCGUGGAGCAGGGGGCGGCGCUCAUCGGGGAGGCUCGGGCCGCACAGGAGCCCACGGAGGGGGUGGGAGGCUCAGGCAUGGCGGGCUGCAGGUCCCGAGCCCUGCCCCGCGGGAAGGCAGCUAAGGCCUGGCGAGAAAUAGAGCGCAGCGCCGGUGGGCUGGCACUGCUGGGGGACCCAGUACACCCUCCGCAGCCGCUGGCGCGGGUGCUAAGCCCCCCAUUGCCCGGGGCCGGCCGGCCGGCUGCUUCGAGUGCGGGGCCCGCCAAGCCCACGCCCACCCGGAACUCCAGCUGGCCCGGAAGCGCCGCGCGCAGCCCCAGUUCCCGCUGGUGCCUCUCCCUCCACACCUCCCUGCAAGCUGAGGGAGCCGGCUCCGGCCUUGGCCAGCCCAGAAAGGGGCUCUCACAGUGCAGCGGCGGGCUGAAGGGCUCCUCAAGUGCCACCAAAGUGGGAGCCCAGGCAGAGGAGGCGCCCAGAGCGAGCGAGGGCUCUGAGGACUGCCAGCACGCUGCCACCUCUCAAUAUCACAAGUGUAAGCACAUUAAUCAUUCCAGUGUAAUCAGACUGCAUCAAGGCAGCCAAGGGCAGUUUCCACUAACACAGAAUGUAACCGUUGUUGAAGGCGGAACUGCAAUUUUGACCUGCAGGGUUGAUCAAAAUGAUAACACCUCCCUCCAGUGGUCAAAUCCAGCUCAACAGACUCUGUACUUUGACGACAAGAAAGCUUUAAGGGACAAUAGGAUCGAGCUGGUUCGCGCUUCCUGGCAUGAAUUGAGUAUUAGUGUCAGUGAUGUGUCUCUCUCUGAUGAAGGACAGUACACCUGUUCUUUAUUUACAAUGCCUGUCAAAACUUCCAAGGCCUAUCUCACCGUUCUGGGUGUUCCUGAAAAGCCUCAGAUUAGUGGAUUCUCAUCACCAGUUAUGGAGGGUGACUUGAUGCAGCUGACUUGCAAAACAUCUGGUAGUAAACCUGCAGCUGAUAUAAGAUGGUUCAAAAAUGACAAAGAGAUUAAAGAUGUAAAAUAUUUAAAAGAAGAAGAUGCAAAUCGCAAGACAUUCACUGUCAGCAGCACACUGGACUUCCGAGUGGACCGGAGUGAUGAUGGAGUGGCGGUCAUCUGCAGAGUAGAUCACGAAUCCCUCAAUGCCACCCCCCAGGUAGCCAUGCAGGUGCUAGAAAUACACUAUACACCAUCAGUUAAGAUUAUACCAUCGACUCCUUUUCCACAAGAAGGACAGCCUUUAAUUUUGACUUGUGAAUCCAAAGGAAAACCACUGCCAGAACCUGUUUUGUGGACAAAGGAUGGCGGAGAAUUACCAGAUCCUGACCGAAUGGUUGUGAGUGGUAGGGAGCUAAACAUUCUUUUCCUGAACAAAACGGAUAAUGGUACAUAUCGAUGUGAAGCCACAAACACCAUUGGCCAAAGCAGCGCGGAGUAUGUUCUCAUUGUACAUGAUGUUCCCAACACUUUGCUUCCCACUACUAUCAUCCCCUCCCUUACCACUGCAACAGUCACAACCACUGUAGCCAUAACAACCAGCCCAACCACAUCUGCAACAACCAGCAGCAUCAGAGAUCCUAAUGCUUUGGCUGGCCAGAAUGGCCCUGACCAUGCUCUCAUAGGAGGAAUAGUGGCUGUAGUUGUAUUUGUCACGCUGUGUUCUAUCUUUCUGCUUGGUCGAUAUCUGGCAAGGCAUAAAGGAACGUAUUUAACAAAUGAAGCUAAAGGAGCUGAAGAUGCACCAGAUGCUGAUACAGCCAUUAUCAAUGCUGAAGGCAGCCAAGUCAAUGCUGAAGAGAAAAAAGAGUAUUUCAUUUAAGAUGCAGGCCAAGAUUCUGAGUUUUACUACCAGGCUGAAUGCUGGAGAAAACUGGCUAUCAUCUUUCAGAAGUCAUUUCUACCAUCGUCUGCUACCCUUAUUAACUCCCAUACUGUACUGCUAUCAGUAGCCAGUGUAUACCAACAAUCAGCUGUUGAAAGCAUCAUUCUUUAAUUACUGUACCAUCCAUAAUGCAGGACAUUUCUUACUGCCUAAAUUUCACACCAUUGCUCUUUUAACAUACAGUGCUUGAAUAUACAGCCUUAACAAUGUUAAUCAUCUCCUUGGAUCAUGAUAUUGAGUGGUUUUUAUACAUUAAAAAAUGUAUGCAGAGUUUUUCUCCCCCAUUUUUUCCCCUUUAAGUCAUAGACCUUAUCAGUUUGCCAUUGGACAGCUUUCACAAGUAACAGGAUUAGGGAAGGACGUAAUGUACUUAAGAAUAAGUGAAGGUUAGAGGUUUACACUUAAUGUUUUCUACAUGUCUGUCUUCAAAGACAACAUGCUUUGGAAACAUAUGUCCUAGAAAACAUAAAAUUAAAAAAAAAUCACUAUAGUGUAGUUUUUGGAAUGUUGGAGAUUAUACUGGUAAAGCUGUAUCGAUUUGCUAUUGAAAUAUAGUAUUUGAUACAGGAGCCAUGUGUACGAAUUGCAAUCAUGACAUGGUAUUUUCUAUAAGUAUAUAGAUCUUACUAUUAGGAUAUUGUAGCUUCAUUUACCAAUAAAUUAUUCCAAAUGAUUUACUGCUUUUGGAAUCACAAAGAUUUAAUUCAUUUCUCUAAUUUGAUUCUAUAAUUUAUUUGCUUCAUAAAGAUUCACCUGCCUAAACAAUAUUGAAGUAUCCAUAGGGCACAAUUUUCAGACAUUUUAGUAUCUGUAUAUAGUGCAUAUAAUAAAUCCAAUUAAACAUUAUUUGAUACAUAUUUAACUUUUUUGGCUGUAUGUAAUUCAGUCAUAAGUAAGCAUUUUCUAACGUCCAUUAUAUCCCUUUAGAUAUUACUUAAACCAAUAUUAUAAGUAGAUAACAUGUAUUAGUAUUUUUGUCUGUAUGUCCUAGCACUGUUCAACAACAAAUUUUUCUAGUUCUUGUUAAUUUUUAUUUGUUAUACAAUGGAAGCACAAUGUUAUAAGGAAAGGUAAUUUUAAGCUAACAACCAGUGCACAGCCUCAGGUUUUAAAUUACAACCACAGUUGAAUAAUAACCUAAAAAUAAAUUUUAGUUUGCUAAAAAUUUACAAAUUUUCAUUUUGCAGUUACAGAGCUGCUUACCUAUGUUGGUUUGCCAAAAAGAAGUGUUUAAGAUAUGUUUUCUGUAUAAAUGAACUAAUUCUUUAUAUUAAAUUCCUGUCUAUGCAUUUUGUGAGGUACAAACUGAUGAAACAGUGAGUGAUAGAGAAUUUCUGCCAUGCUUUUAACUCCAAAGUGAAAGUCUCUUUCUCUGGAUUAUUUUAAAAUUUUGGUGUAUUUAACCAUUAAGAAAUGCUGUAUUCUUAAAUAUGACACAGUUAAUCUAAAGUCUUAUUAUUUCUUCUAGUAAAAUAAAAUAUUAUUAGAUUAGUUCUCAUUAAAUUUAUUAUAUGCUAAAGAAUAAAACUCCAGUUAGAUUUAAAAAAAUCCCAUUUACAAGCAUUGCACCUUUAAGAAGAAAACAAAUAUGACAAUAUGGUAGCUAUACUUGUGAUGUCUGACGCAUGAUGGCCUAUGGUUUUAAAAAUAGUGUUGUGGAAUAUAUUUUUGGGGAAUAAGAAUGGUUGAGUGCAACAUCAUGUAUUAAUAUCAAAUGAAAGACAAGGGUGCUGUAUCUUUGAUUAUUUAUCAAAAAAGUAUAAAUCUUUUAAGGAAAAUGUUAGAAUUUUAAAGUUUUUUUUGAUUGUUGAAGCAUUUAUCUUGUUGGUUUCUUAUAAAAGAAAAAGGACGAUGUCAGUCAAGCAGCACUUUUUCAGAAUAUACAGAACAUAAAUAAUAUGAUGUGGUUGAGUGUUAACAUAAUAAAUCAUAUACAGUAUGACAUUUUAAGGAAAUAAGUCUGCAUUGAUGUGAUUGCAUGCUUGUUUUUACAGUUCACUCCAUACCAUCUGUGGAAAAAUGCAAUAAUAUGUUAAUAUAGUAUGGUAGUUUGAGAGAAUCAGGUAGGUGCUACUAGACACAUUGAAACUAGAAUAGGUUUAUAAACUGUUCAUAUCUUUCAAUGCAUAAUCUUUAGAAAGACUCCACAAAGCAAAAUUCAUCCUGUUAGUACAAAAUGGAAAGGUUCUUAUUACAGAAGUAAGUUGUAUAAACUGCAUCAUCAAUUACUAUUUAAAGCCUAAUUUCAGGAUGCACUUACAAAAUUGCUACUCUUCAUCGAUGCCGUAUUUACAUCCCUCUUCAUUUCAUCUAUAUUCUACUUGGCUCCAACAACUAAAUUGUUGCCUAAAUAACUCAAUCAUUAUUUAUAGCACUGUAAAAUUAGAAAUCCAAAAUUGGUUGCAUUUCAUGAUUUUUGACUCUUUUAACCCUUCAGAGUAAUAUAAAAUCUCAUUAGAACUCUUAUAAAACCAGUUAGCUAAAACAACUAGAUUAUUACACUAGUUAUAAAUGCUGGUAUAUUAUAAUUUGUGGGAUCUAAUUAAAUGUUUGCCUGUUAAAUAUAGUUUGAUUUAAAUGAGACACCAUGUUCUGAACUGGAGAAAAUAAUAUCAAUGAAGUCAUAGUUUCAUACCUUUAAAAAUUAUUUAAUUUUCAACCAAACAAAAAAUAAAUUGUAAAAAUUAUGCUUAUUUCUAUUCCAACAAGUCAGAAAAUAAUGACAUAAUAUUUCUAAAUAAGAAUGAUGUCAAUUUCAUUGUCUGGAACAUGCACUCUUGUGUGCACAGAGUCAAUUUCUGUCUCUUCUAAGUGAGCACAGUACGUAGGGAACUCAAUGGAAGCAGUGUGCACACACACACACCCUUAGUAGAAUAUGGAGCAUUAUUCUUUACCAAAAGUAGCUAUUCUCUGCCAGUGUACUGUUUACAGUGUAAAUUGAUUGUCCUCCAUCAAAAUCAAGUCUAAGCAGCAUUUUACUUUUCUUUUCUUUUGUUUUUUAUUUUCCAUUUUUACGUGUUCUAGAUAGGAUUAUUAUCAAAAGUAGGAGGAAAAAGAAAUGUUUGUGAGUGCAAGAUUAAAGACAGAGCGCAUGAGCAGAGUAUUGAUGGUGUGCGUGUUUGUGUGUGUGUAUAUGGGUGUGUAUAAGAGAGAAAGAGAAAUCGAAAAGAGAGAGAAAUUUCAACUUGUUUUCUUUUACCAGAGAAUCCAAGAAGCAGUUUAAGGAACCUGAUAUUGGAGUUUAAUCUAGAAACUGGAUGAUCUCAUAUUGAUUCAAGAUGCUUAAUCUUUCAUUGAAACUCCACAAUUAAAAUAACAAAUAGAGAAAGAAAACUAACUUUCCUAAAUAUGGCAAAGAAACUAACACCUCAUUUAUUUUUAUUUCUUUGUAAAAAUAUAAAUAUCUCAAUCAAAAGUACAGGCUCAUUUGUAAUUAUGUACUCAUGAUUGUAACAGCAUUGAGAUUCCAUAUAGGCACAUGUAUAGCAGCUGUUUGACAGUGAUGGCUCUUCCAUGUAACAUAGCAGUUAUCGUGUAAUUUAGUGCCACUUAUUGCAAAGUGUUACCAAGGGGAACAUUUCAAAUGCCUUUUGUUUUUCUUUGGACAUCAAGAUAAUUUAGUGGACAGCAAAUAUUAAAUUUUACAUUAUGCUUUUUAAUUGUGGAGAAAAUGCAAAACCUCAUGUCUUACCGCAACUUUCCCAUGGUAUUGCUAAUUACUUAGAGUCUCUAAAAUUGCCCAAUAUUAUUUCCCUUUGCAAAUGGUAAUUUCUGAUAAAACAAUACAAAACAAAAAAUAAGCAGUAAUCACAGCCAAAUAAAUGAAACACCUAAUGAGAGUUACUGUUGAGUAAUGCUUUUUAUUAAGUGGCACAAAGUACACACUAAAAACUAUGCAAAAUAUAGGUAACUACAGUGUACGUACAUGUAAGUAUCUUGUACUUGCUGUGUAUGGAUGUUGGAAACCCAUGUAAUUAUAAUAUGCAUUUUGAAUACUGGGAAAGAGGAAAUCUUAGUGUAGAUAAUAGAAUUUGUUUUGAAAUAUACACUGGCAAUAUUGAAAUAUACUCAGUGCAAUAUCUGCAGUUCUAUUGCUGGAUACUUAAUGCAAAGGGAUUUUAAAGAAUUCUUCAGCAAGAUCCAAGAGGUUGCUAAUCUUCACCUCUCACAUACUAAAGCAUUCAUUAAAAAUACAACUAAUUCAAGGACAAGUUAAGUUUUUCUUAUUAAUGUGACACAGUAACAUUUUUAUUUGGAUUAGUUUUUGGUGUUAUUGCAGAGAAAGAAAUAACCUGAGUUUUAAAUUUCGAUUCAUGUCUCAUUGAAUUGGGAAUUCUUCAAUUUUGUUUGAAAUGUGUGCAUGUUUUCAUAGAUUGUAGCACUUUUAUUAUAAGUACAAAUGUAUUCAAUGAAAGAACAUAGGGUAGUUUUAAUAGUUAAAGUCACUAUAUCUUAAUGGGAAUUUUUAAAUAUCUUUUCUUUUUCUAUUCAUUUUUUCCCUUUCUUUCUCUAUUCUACCCCCAAACAUGCCCUUUGCACUCAUACCCUUCCAAAGGCAAUGGAUUGAAAGUAGCAAGAUAAUAAAGAGAGUUAAAGGGGACAACAUAUAAGAAUGGGUUCUAAAAUCAUCAGCAUUUUUAUGUAUUGAGAUUAUUAAUACUGAAUGCAAUAGUUAUUGGAUAUAGCUGGUAAGUUCUCUGCCAUGCAUACUUAAAAUAAUCCUUCUACCUCUCACUUUUAACAUGGGCUAUGAUACUUCAAUAUAAAUAGAGGAAAUAAUUAUUUACCAGAUAUCCCAGGAAGCAUUCUUAUGGAACUAUUAUAACAGUGCACUCCCCACCCCCUGGGAAAUCUCAAAAGCCAAGUUCUUCAGUGUAUUCUAUGGUGUAUGAAUCUGCAUUUGUUUUUCCUUUUCUAUCAUUAGCUUUUCCUAAAGGCAAAAUAUUAUAACUUUAUAAGAAUAGUCCUUCUUCUGCCUAUUUAAUAUUUCAAUGUUAAUAUAAUUGUAUUGAUUUUUAAAAAUAAUUAAAAUGGCAACACUUUGUGAUCCAAUCUGAUAUUUAAUUUUUAAAAUGUAACAAUUUCUUAUAAAUUCAUGCUGUGUUUUAAGUAAAAAUCAUGUAUAUGAAUUAUUUUACCAAGUAGUAUUAUCUGCACGAGACAAAUUUAAGUAUUUUAAAAAUUACUCCUUAUUAAUAAAUAAUCCUCAUAUAAUGCACAGUAUUGCCACAAAUGCCCACUUCAUUUUGUCUGCAUAGACAUAUUAGGAAUUUUUCAAUGAUGUGAUUUAAUUAUCCUAAAAGAAAUGACAGAUUCUUCUGUAGGAAAAAAUAAAAACAUGAAUAUCUCAAAUUAUAAUGGCUAAUCUCUAAAAUAUGCUUAAAGUAAGAUGUUUCUAUGUUAUGUGGUUAUGUUAUCAAUAAUAUUUGGUUGAUCUUCACAUAUUUUAUAUGCAUAUAUAUAUCAAGAAGUUAUAUAUAUAUAACUCAAGAAACUCAAGUUAUAUAUAUAUGUCAAGAAAUGUAUGAUUAUUUUGGAGAGAAUGGGCCCAAAUGUGAAAAAGAUGUAAAAAAAAACAAAAAAACAAAAAAAAACCCACUAUUUUCCCCUACGAAAUAUACUGUAUAUUUCAAAAGAAGAAAAGUUAAAAGAUAUUUGAAGAUUGCAGGGGCAAAACAAAAACCUACCAGGGCUCAGCACUUAAGCACUUUUCCCACAUCCAGGGUCAAAGCAGCAGUAACUACAUGGACUUUUAAGUGCGGUAUGAAAUGCAACAUUACGCUUACAAACAGUACUGUCAAACCUCAAAUGCUUUCUUUCUUCAGAUGCUUUUUCGUGUACAUGAUACUAGUAGACACUUUUCUCUUUAUAUUUACUGAUAGUGAAAAUCAUACGCAAUAAAAUAUUGAUGUUUGAAGGCAGUGGUCACCAAUUGGUUAAAAAACUAUGAAAUGUAAACUGAAUUGUUAUAUCUCUAUCCUUUUUGCUUUUCUCUGUGUUUUUAAUGUAUUGAAUAAAUCUCAUAAAUAGAAAGAAAAAUAAUCUAGAAAUUUUUCAAAGCUAGUACUCUUUCUCCUUAUAAAUGUACACAAUUUUAAUCUUUUUACAAAUUUAUUUAACUGUACCGACUGUACUUAUUGUAGAUUCAAUGACGCAGUUAAGUCAUCACCCAAGGAUUUAUGAAUUUGAGAUUACUGACCUGUUUUCUUCAUAUUGCAUUCACAUCAAUAUUUGUGAAUUUGUUGUUUAGCUUUUCAUUCAACCAAAAAAUAUUCCCUCAAGAAAGCUCCAUUUUUUUCAUAAACGUUUCAACAUAACCAACAUUAGAACAAGUCUGCCAUGUUAAAAAUAAUUUAAAGACUUAUCUCUGAAAAUGGUAUCCAGAAACGCAGGUGUUCCCAGUAAUGUAGCUUCAAAAAUAAAAUGUGCUAUUUAUAUGACAUGAAAUUCAUAACUUUUGGAAGGGUAUAUUUAUGACAGCAUAAAAAAAUUCUGUGCUAUAAAGAAGAUCCAACAAAUUAACCAUAUAAGCACAGAAAAUAGAGAAACACAGUUAUUGAAUCUACUCUUGUCAUUAACAUUUUCAAAAAACAAAAUGCAUAUUGUAAUAUUUGGUACAUGACACUUGCAUGUUGAUAUGCCUAUAUACUUACAAAGUAUUCAAUGUGUACUUAGCGGCGCUUAAAAUAUGUCAUGUACAACUCUUAUAAACAUUUUUACAGGGUUCCCAUUUGCACUUCAUCUUUCAGUAAAGUCUUGUCAGAAAAAAAUUGUCUGAUAAAUAUGGAAAAAUAAAAUUUGAAUUUUAGUUAUCUGUUGGACAUUA